AUGCCGUUGCACGACCUUGCGCGAACCGCGCUGGACGCGGCUGCUACCUCCUCCCAGCACAUCUCCCCCAUCCAUCUUGCCCUCUCCCUCCUGGCCACCUACCUCGUUUCCUACGUGGUAUACUACCGAUAUCUGCAUCCGCUGGCGGGCUACCCAGGGCCAUUCUGGGCGAGCCUGACGAAUUUUUGGAAGGUCUACGAGUGCUGGACGAUGGCACUGCCCUCGCGUAUGUGCGACGUGCACGCCAGGUACGGGCCUGUGGUUAGGAUCGGGCCUAAUGAUCUGAUGUUCAAUGGAGGCGAGACGAUUGCGCCAAUUUACAAGGCCGGUAGGAAGAUGCCCAAGGGGGUCUUUUAUGACUCGUUUGUCUCGACUGUGCCAGAGAUCUUUUCGACGAGGGAUGAAAAUUUCCAUACCAUGCGCCUAAAGCAAAUCGGGCAGGGCUUCUCUCCAGCAGCGCUCAAGAACAUGGAACCCAUGUUCGAUCGCCACAUCCAGAAUCUCAUGGGCAGCCUGGAGAAACACGCGAGGAACGGCACGGUGCUGGAUCUCAAGCAGGCGCUCGCGUUCUACGGCUACGAUGUCACGGGCCAACUGGCAUUCGACCACAACUUCGAGACGCAGGUCAUGGACGAUCCAGACAAGAUGCCCCCGCUCAACAACCAUUUCUUCCUCGGCAACAUCUACGGCUGCGUUGCUAAUCUACUUCCCUGGGUCCGCAACUGGACGGCGUGGUUGCCCUGGGUGCAGAAGAUGAUCAAGAGUCGCAUUGAGCUGACAGGGAUCGCGGCAGAGUGCAUUGCCCGGGGAAUGCAGCGGCAUAAUGACAAGGCUGAGCCGGGAACUCUGCUUGCGGCCUUGAUCGGUGCGACGAAUCCUGAUACAGGGGAGAAGCUGACAGCCGAGGAGAUCAACUCAGAGUCUUUUUUGUUCCUUGUCGCCGGUGCGCAUACGACUUCGAGCGCUUUGGUUGUUCUCCUCUUCCAUCUCCUCCACAACAAGCAGAUCCUCAACAAAUUCAUCCAGGAGAUUGACGCCGUCCUCCCGGGCCAAGAGUAUCACGUCUACCCCUUCAAGGGCCUCGAGGCGUCCCUCCCCUACGGCAUGGCCUGCAUAAGAGAAGCCUUUCGCAUCGCGCCCACAGCAGCGCUCCUACUACCCCGCGUCGUAACAAGCCCAGAAGGGGCCAGAAUCGGCCAAUGGCACAUUCCUCAAGGGACAAACUGCGCCAUAGUGAGCACAUGCCUGCACCACAACCCAGACAUCUGGGGCCCGUCGCACAACGAGUACGACCCCUUGCGGUUUGUGGCAGGGAGUGAGCGGUAUAACGCGAUGUAUCAUACGUACCUGCUGCAUUUCGGGCAGGGAAACCGGCAGUGCAUCGGGCGGAACAUCGCGCUCAUGUCAAUCUGGAAAAUUCUCGUGUCAGUGCUAAAGAAUUACGAGUUCGAGCUGGUGGACCCGGACGAGAAGUUUGUUAUGUUGGAAUAUGGGGUUGGGGACAAAAAGGGGCCCUUGCAUGUGCGUGUGAGGCGGAGGGGAGCUAUCGAGCCUCGCCCUUGA